UUGGAGCUCAUAGGGGGAGAGAGAGAGACAGAGACACAGCAGAGGGCUGAAGUCAUCAGCGGGCCGGCAGGAGGGGAGUGAAUGGGUCCCGCACGCAAAGCAGAAAAGCGCUGAAACUGCGGAGGUUUACUUUGGUUCAGUUGCCUGCCGCCGACUGCGAGCGAGAGAGGAGGUGCGUGUUUUGACAGCCAAAAAGAACUCUGAAACAUCCCACUGAUACUUCACACUAAUUUUGUAGACAUUCGCUUUGGUUCUGUGGUGGCUUUUACUUAUUGUGCUUCAGCUGGUGCUGAGAUGAAGCCGAGACCCUCAGCGCGCCUGGCACAUAAACGUAUCCACACACCGGGACGCACGGCGCAUCUCCACUGAGAAACACGGAUAGAGGGGGAGGAAGGUCAAUGUGGAGCUCACAAAUGGAUGUAUAUCUCAAACUUUCUGAGAGCCAUACCUGUCGUAAUCAAUAAUUCUCUUCAUCUUUUUUGAUCAACACUAAUGUUUGAUUCUGCUCUACUACUGCGCGCGACGGAUGAAAAUCGAGCUUCUUGGUGCGUUUGUUGUUUUUUGGAGGGAAUGCUCUUCAUCACAGCACGGAUAACGGAUCCCUGACUCGGUCUGGCUUUCCUGGCACAUAUGAAGACCCUCUCCAGGAUGUUACAGUAUCAGCGGCCCAGGCAUCAUUGGGCCACCGUACACUACCAUCACCACAUAUCACCACAUAGCUGGGGGUCCUGCUGUGUCUAGGAAUUAUAUACCUUCCACCUUCUGCCGCCGUCUGAGGGAAGAAAACGGAAUCUUAUCUAAUAAGUGUUUUGGUGAACAUUGACAUUGGCUUUACGAGUCUCACCUCUGGGCUACUAUGCAAUUACAACUGAUCUCCUUUGUUUUGAUCAUCUUGCACUGCAUGGAUUACACUGGUUGUCAGCAGCACAGCAGCUCCAGGCACCGGCAACAUAAACAGAUCUCUGGUGUGAGCUCAGGGUGUCAGCAGGGUGGCUGUCUGACCUGCUCUGACUACAAUGGCUGCCUGUCCUGCAAGCCGCGCUUCUUCAUGCAUUUGGAGAGGAUUGGGAUGAAGCAGAUCGGGGUGUGCAUGACUUCCUGUCCUCCAGGCUUUUACGGCACACGCUCCCCAGAAAGAAACACCUGCACAAAGUGCAGGUUGGAGUGCGACUCCUGCUUCAACAAGAACUUCUGCACGCGCUGCCGAGCAGGAUUCUACCUUCACCUGGGCAAGUGCCAGGAGAACUGUCCCGAGGGGCUGGUCCGCAGUGACACACAGAGGGAGUGUGUUCCCAGGUGCCCUGCAGAGUGUGAGUCAUGUGUGAACAGUGAGACAUGUACACAGUGUCGACCAGGCCUGUACCAGCUCAGUGGAAGGUGCCACCAUGUCUGUCCAGAGGACUACGAGCCCAGUGACAAACUUAUGGAGUGUACACCACAAGUGCACUGCGAAGUGGGCGAAUGGAGUGAGUGGAGCCCCUGUUCUCGCCAUGGUAGAACCUGUGGCUUCAAGUGGGGCCAGGAGACCCGCACACGGCAGGUCCUGCAGUACCCAUCACCCUUCGGUAACCCCUGCCCUGAGAUCUCAGAGAUCAAAGAGUGCCUGGUCAAGAGGAGGAAAUGUCCAGGAGCAUCGAGAAAGAAUGAGCGAAGAGAACGGAGGAAUCGCAACAACCGCAAAGAUAAGGAGAACCAAAAGGGGCGACGAGAGAGGAAGAGGGAAAGGGAGCGAGAGAGGGAGAGAGACCCAGGUGAACGUGAAGACUCUGAUAAUAGGAACAAAACAGAGCACAGGCACCGCAGAGGCCACGACACAGAGCCAGUCUCCCCUCAAGACGGCCUUGUACAGUAGUGCUCUCAUGCCUCCCCACCUUCCUCCUGUUAUCCUCCCAUUCUUCCUCCUCCAAAACCUCCCCACUCUCACCCACUGUUCGCCCCCCUCAACCCCUGUCUGCAGGGGUGUUGCUGCUACCUGUAUGAUUUGAAAAUACUGUUUGUGCACAAACAGGAUGGGGCACAUUCAGCCCCAAGGCUUGGGCCACUCUGGACUUUAAAAAGUCUUUUUUUCUACCCUGUAGCCUCUACUCCUUCACCUCCACCACUGAGAGAGAGUCUCUGUUGAAAAGUGCAGGAGAUAUUGCUAAGACUGCUGUUGGGACUGAAGAACAAAGCGAGAAGUGUCUGUGACCAUGUGGAGGACUGGCAGACAAACAGAGAGACAAAGACGUUACACUAUGUGCUUGUUGAUAUGGUUAUUUAAUGGGGCCCUGGUACAACAUUGUGCAUCUUGGUUUUUGAAUGUAGAUUUUGCAACAUUAUGUAGAACAAUUGUUUAUUAUUGUUGUUCCUGUUCUUUAGAUCUCUUUAUUUUAUUUGGUGCAGAAUUUCUAAAGAAAAAAAAAUAAAAAGUGAGUUUGCUCUUGCCAUCUUGUGAUAUCUUCAAAAUCACUACAAACGACAGAUGUAGGAGAACCUGCAUGCUGUGAAUCAAAGGAGUGAGGGAAAAAAACUGAAAAGCAUUAACAUAUGUUCUGUAUGUGUUGGACAAAAGCUAGUUUUAUCCAGAUAAGUGAUAAAUCUACUCUACCACUGGUUUUUCUUUAUGUAUAAAUGGAGUCUGUGCUCUCAGUAAAACUCCUUGACUAGGAACCAACAUCACCUGUAUGUCAAAUAAAACUAUAAUGGGUUUGUAUCUGUGUCUGUUAUCCAUUUUCUCAUCUGACAGCCAUCUUGUGCAAUCCACUUGAAUACGCUUAAAACUCUCUCAGUAAAUGGAAAGUGAAACUCAGUACAGUAAACAGCUACUUAUUGUUAAUUCAAAGGUUGCCAUGGGUUCAUUUGGGCUCACUUUGCAAAGUGAAGCCAGAGUAUUAAGUUACACAUGUAACACAACUUGUCAUAAAUAUUACACACCUACAAUGGCUUCAGCACAUAUUGUGAAUCAUUAAAAUGCAGUUUAGAUAAAUCAAGCAACCAGUAGUUCUUAUUAUGCAAGUCAAAAUUCAGUUUUUGCAGGGACAGUUGCCCCUCUUUCAUUUUCCUGUAAAAACACCAAUUAUGACAACUACCAUCAUGUAGAUUAAACUUCACAGCAAGAUAUUUUUCAACUGACUGAACUCAAGUGUAAAAUUUAGAUUUCUUUUUAAACAUUAAGCUUUAUACAUUUGAGUAUCUAAAAUAUUUCUUUGUUUGAAAGUUUGUCAGUGAACUAGAUUUGACAUGUGAAAUGAAGGAUGAUCACUUUUAUCUGGAUUAACCUGUUUAGUCUCAUGAGAAGCAUCAGUGGUCCCGGACAUUUGGUCACCGUUUCAGUUGUACGCUGUCAAGCCAAAUUAUUUUUGUGUAACAAAAAAAAGAAAUAAAGGAUCAUUUUUUUAAAGCUGAACUGUUUUAUUGGUGGAGUGAAUAUUUUGCUCAUCAGUAACAUCUAUUUGCAUCGACAGGCAUGAUGACAGCAUUUCCUCCUCAUUCAUUCAGCAGAGAAAUCCCCUCUAACACAGACUGUACAUGAAAAUAUAGGAAGUUUUGUUUAAAUUUGACAUUUGCAAAAUAUAGAUAAGUCACAGUACAGUAUGUACACAAA